AGACUACAGGAUGCGACAUAUGUCUGUUAACAUUAACAACCGCGCUAUUUUAACAAUAUUUACUAUAAUGAAUACUGGCCAGCGAUGUCGUUUCUACUUACUAAAAACUUGUUGUAUAAUAGAGAUAACAUAUAUUUUAUGUAGAUAGUAUAGUGUUACAUUAAAGAGACAUUUUGCGAUGAUCAAGUUUAUCCAACUUUCGUUUCUUUUGGGUGGCAUUGGAGUCAUAGCAAAUGAACAAGUCACAAACACAAGUAUUGCUUCAACUAUGGUGGUUGUCCCUACAACAUCAUCACCUCUUUUCUUAGUCACAAGCACAAGUGUAGCUUCAACUAUGGUGUUGGUCCCUACUACAUCAUCACCUUCAAUGACAGCCGCGAAAACACUCGUUUUUACAAGAACGACAGUUAUCCCUACAACAUUACUGCCCACGAACCCAGGAGCAAGGAAAAAUGACUCUAAUAAUUUGCGUUUGUUUAUUGGCCCUCUUCUUGCUGCAAUGGUUGUGGUGGUUGUUUUUCUCGUCGUAUUCAAAUGGAAACGGAAACUGAAAAAGACGCGUAAUGAUAAAAACAAAGUUCAGUCCGUGUUGAUGAGUGAUGAUAUUCCUCUAUCUUGUAUCGUUGAUCGUGACAGCUUUACUAACAUUGAUGAAGUUAAUCCCUUGCCUGUCGCUGAAUGCAUGGGAGAUGACAUAAAAGUUCCAGCCAAAUCGUACUUCUCGGAAAAAGUAUUGGAUCUUUCUGUUCCCAUUGAAGGAGUUAAUUCAACUAAAGUGGAUAGUCUGGAGCCAACUGAUUCGGAAUCAAAAAAUGUCCUCAGUAAUUACAACAGCGUAGCUUUGGAAAAUGAGCACAAUCCAAUGUGCAAGUCGAAGGAGGAUCUCCAUGAAACCGAUGACAAGGACCCAAAAGACACAGAUGAAAAAGUGGAUGUUCGUUCAUCUCUUGAACGCGAUCUUUCAGUGGGAAUGAGUUUAGGCCAACAAACGUCCAACCUUAAAAAUGCCUUAGAUCAAUAUGGUUCUGCUACUACCCAUGCGGGAAGUCGGUUUCGAUCUGGUUCCAAAUUGGAUCAUCCCCACAGCAACUUUAACAGCAUAGCUGAGGAGAAUGAGCAAAGUACAUUGUCUGAAGACAGGUCCGCCAAACUCACCAAAGUACAAGUGAGAUCGUAUUCCAUUGGUUCUGUUACCAAUAUUGGUUCCAGAUGUAAUUCGACCAAUAGUCAACUUAGCGAAGUUGGUGAAGAUGCGAGAUCUUAUUCUAUUGAUUCUGGAUAUCACACUGGAUCUAGAUCAAUUUCAAGAAAUCGCGCAUUCAGUGAAAUUGGUAAAAAAGUGAGAUCGUAUUCGAAUUCGACUAGCUCUGGUUCUAAUAUUGGUUCUAGAUGUAACUCAACUAAUAGCAAAUUGAGUGACAGUGAUGUUGGUGAAAAUGUGCGAUCGUAUUCCACUAGUUCUGGUUCUAAUGUUGGUUCUAGAUGUAACUCAACUAAUAGCAAACUCAAUGACAGUGAUGUUGGCGAAAAUGUGCGAUCGUAUUCCACUAGUUCUGGUUCUAAUGUUGGUUCUAGAUGUAACUCAACUAAUAGCAAACUCAAUGACAGUGAUGUUGGCGAAAAUUUGCUUAAAGAAACACGUCAGUUUGAAAGUAAAAAUACCCAAAGUAGAAAUGUGUCCUCGAGUGAUGCCACCACGUCGUUAUCUAAUGCGAUGCGUUGUAAUGAACCAAGCAUUCCCAACAUGUACAAUGACGAUAUCGUCAAGAAAAAACGUGCAGAUUUGGCAAAGAAGCUCAUCACCGCUAAUGGUGGUAUCAUCAAAUUGGGCGACGUCAUUCUUCGAAUCAAUUCUGGUUGCUUGGCCGAAGAUACAGAAAUUACUCUAAGAAUAGACCACCAACACGUUGAUAUCAAGUCACUGUUCGACUUAGGUUUAAUUCAAGGAGCUUCGAGUGUUGUUGAAUUUCUCCCCAAUGGCUUGAAAUUCUUGAAACCGGCUGAUCUUAUGUUUAAACAUGAAAGGACCGUGUCCGAUAAUGAACUGUUCAUCCUGCGUGGUUCUUACAACUGCAAUUAUCGGAGAAUCAUAUGGGAACUUGUAGUCGGUGAUAUUAUAGAGAAUACUAAAGAAGGAUUUGUUAAUGCAAGUAUUGAAGGGUUUUCUUUCUAUUUGUUUAUAUUGGCGACGCGCGGGGUGUUGGCCAAUCUUUUGAGUCACCUGAAUAACUCGUUCACCUGUUUUGCGUAUGCUUUGUAUCGACGACAGCCUGCAAGUAAUGAACUGAUAAACAUUUUAGUCGUCUUGGUCAGUGAAUUCGUUGAUGACAAUGACGAAAAAGACAUUAAAAUGUUGAAAGAUCUUUAUGAAGCAGGAUACGUUAAAAGUGAGAAAGGAACACCGAAACGUCUUCAAACAGAUCGCUGUUUUCAAAUGUGUUUAGAUUUUCCAGAAUACAAAGACAGACCAAAAUUGUUCUAUGUAGACCAACCGCAAUUAGAUUCCAUCGGUUAUGUAAUCGACCAUUUCAAGAGAGUACCAAUAAAAUAUCCAGCAAAAGGAACAGUUACUAUAAGCGAAGUGCUUUCCGAAGAAAAUUCAACAGCUGAAAGUGAUCUUCCGUGGGUGCUAGAAAUUGAUGAAAAGGAACAAAAAGCCAUAAAAUAUAAAUUAAUGGUCCGACCAAUACCGACAGAUAUGGAUCCAGCAGGCGAAUCCACGGAACCGAAAGUUGUACGCCGGAACACAAAACUCACAACAAUAGAAAUAACGAGGGUGAGUCGUAUGGUUGCGAUGGAUUGGGACAGUUUUGCCGGCCUGAUGGAUAUUCCUUAUGAAGAACGUGAAGAGAUCAGAACAAACUAUGCAAAAUAUCCUGAUUCUCCGUCGAAAGCGGAAGAAGUUCUUAAUCACUUCAAUGGCAGCGAUUGCUUUGGUCGAGAUAUUUUUGGAAAAUGCGCUGAUGAGUUGGGAAGGCAUGAUUUAGUAAAGAAAUUACAUCCUAUGGAGGACGAGGGUGAUGUAACUCGUGCUGAUGUCGAAACUGAAUUAUUGCAAACUGAAAUGUCUGAAGGUAAUGGAAAUGAAGAAAUACAGCCUGAAAUCCCUCCAGAGGAAAACACCGAGCCUCUCUCUCCUCGUGAAAUGUUCAGGUUAAGUCAACGUAUUGCCGUUGAGUGGGACAGUGUUGGUGGCCUCAUGGACAUCGCCAAGGAAGAAAGAGAUGACAUCAGAUCCAACGUUGCUGUUUACAGCGACAAUCGUUCACGAGCUGAGAAAAUCUUAUCUAUUUUCAACCACAAGAGAGACUUCUCGCGUAAGAAGCUGGUAGAAUGCUUGAAAGGAAUCAGGAAAUUAGAUGUGAUUAGACCAAUUAUCACUGGAGAAUGGAAAGUCUUGUAAUUAUCAAGUCAUCUGUU